AUGACAGAAGAGACAGAAGAAUCUGUAAUAACUGAAGAAUUUGUAAUAUUUACAGGCUUUGAGGUCGAAGUAAAAGACCACAAUAAUAAUAUAAAAAAAGUUAGAUUCGAUACGAAAGAAAUUCCAGUUGAAUAUGGGCCAUUAUUAGAAAUAAUUCCCGAACUUCAUAAAGAAAUAAUUCCCAAACUUCAGCUUGAUACCAUUGAUACCAACAAAGAAAAUGAUACUGACAAAAAAAUAUAUAAAUAUUAUAUUCAUGUCGGUCAUGGACAUGAUAACAUUAUUCAUAUCGAAAAGUUGGCACACAAAGAUGGUUAUUGUUUGAAGGAUAAUGACGAAAAAAUGCCUGAGGAGGGUGUUUGCCCAAAUUAUGAUCAAAAAGAAAUAGAAACUGAUGUCGAUGUGGAUCGUUUGGUAGAUCAUCUCUGUCUUAAAAAAGAAUGGAAAAAGAUUGAACGAAGUGAUAAUGCUGGAAGAUACCUUUGUGAAUAUACAUUUUACGUUUCAUUAUGCGAAAAUGCUAAAAAAUCAAUCCCUGGAACCGUAUUGUUUGUUCAUGUCCCAAGGGAAGGUUGCCCUUAUUCGAUAGAUGAGUUGGCUCAAAUUUUGAAAGAUAUUGGCAUAUGGGUUACCGAAAAUUAUUAA